ACGCCUUCUCUGACGUCCUGAUCGCUCACCAUCCAACGGCCUUCUCUGUCCCAUCUACCCUCCUCACCCCUCCACACCCCUCUCUCCCCUCCAUCAUCCACCGUCACCAUGGGGGAGGUAGUCCAGAUGCACUUCACCACGGUGGACUACGUCAUCUUCGUCUUGCUGCUGGUGGCCUCGGCCGGCAUCGGCUUGUUUUACGCCUUCUCUGGAGGCCGCCAACGCACAACACAGGAGUUCCUGAUGGCUGACCGCUCUAUGAGCUGCCUGCCUGUGUCUCUGUCCCUGCUGGCCACUUUCCAGUCGGCCGUAGCCAUCCUGGGCGCUCCGUCAGAGGUGUACACCUUUGGGACGCAGUACUGGUUCCUGGGCUGCUCAUACUUCUUGGGCCUGCUCAUCCCAGCUCAUGUCUUCAUACCAGUCUUCUACAGGCUGAGACUGUCCAGCGCCUACGAGUAUCUGGAGCUGCGCUUUAACAAGACUGUUCGCAUAUGUGGGACUGUGACCUUCAUCUUUCAGAUGGUCAUUUAUAUGGGGGUGGUCCUGUAUGCUCCAGCUUUGGCACUCAAUGCAGUGACUGGUUUUGACCUGUGGGGGGCAGUGCUAGCCAUGGGAUUGGUGUGCACUCUGUAUACAGCUAUGGGGGGCCUGAAGGCGGUGAUGUGGACCGACGUGUUCCAGACGGUGGUAAUGUUUGCAGGCCAGUUGGCGGUCAUUGUGGUGGGGGCAAGUCAGGCAGGGGGCAUGGCGGAGGUCUGGAGGAAAGCCAACAACGGCAGCCGCAUUGCUAGAUUAGACCUGAACCCCAACCCUCUGGAGCGCCACACCUUCUGGACUCUCGGGGUGGGUGGAGUCUUCCUGAUGCUGGCUCUGUAUGGGGUCAACCAGGCCCAGGUCCAGAGAUACCUCAGCUCCCGCACGGAGAAAGCGGCCGUCAUGUCCUGCUACGUUGUUUUCCCAUGCCAGCAGAUCGUCCUGUGUAUGGGUUGUCUGAUGGGUCUGGUCAUGUUUGCUCGCUACGGAGAGGACAGCCCUCUGGACAAAGGCUAUGUCCAAACCAAUGAUCAGAUGGUGCUGUACUUUGUGAUGGAUGUAUUCCAAGAUCUGCCCGGGCUGCCUGGCCUGUUUGUGGCCUGUCUCUUCAGUGGAGCUCUCAGCACUAUCUCAUCUGCCUUCAACUCCUUAGCAACAGUAACUAUGGAGGACCUGAUUAAACCCCAUUUUCCAAACAUGACUGAGUCUAAAGCAACACUGCUGUCCAAGGCACUGGCUUUGGCCUAUGGGCUAAUAUGUCUGGCUAUGGCCUACCUCGCCUCCAUAAUGGGAUCUGUGCUGCAGGCAGCCUUCAGUAUCUUUGGGAUGGUGGGUGGUCCUCUGCUGGGCCUCUUCUGUCUGGGAAUGUUCUUCCCCUGGGCAAACUCCAUUGGAGCAGUGGUGGGACUAGUAGCAGGCCUCGCCAUGGCCUUCUGGAUCGGCAUUGGCAGUUUCGUGAUGCGCCUGCCUGGUCCAACCCCAGUGCCCCCCAUCAACAGCACCAUGUCACCUCUGUUUGACAACAUGACCACGACCGCCAUGACUACACUGGUCACUGCUGCCACAGCCAAGCCGAGGCCAACAGGAGUGGAGGCGCUCUAUUCAUUGUCCUACAUGUGGUACAGUGCUCACAACUCCACCACUGUGGUAGUGGUGGGACUGUUGGUCAGCCUGAUAACAGGACCUAUGAAGGAGAAGGAGCUGGCCCCUGGUACAGUGUUCCCAGUCCUAGGCACACUGCUCUUCUUCCUGCCUGAGCGCUACAGAGAGAAGCUGUGCUGUGUCACUCCUCUGUCUUCCAAGCCCAAAGAUAUCAACACACAGCCUUAUCAGAUGGCCAAGAAGGACAGAAACGGAGCAGCUUACUGCAAAGAGGACACCGUCACCGAGGACAAAGAGGCAGCAAGUGACAAAGCACAAACAGAUCAGGAGGACGAAGCAGAAACGAGGGUCAUUCAGCCAUCGUGCCAGCUGACAGCUCACACCGUUCAGGAAACAGCCUUGUGAUCCUUUUUCCUCCUUCUUAUUGCACACACAAGAC